AUGGUCGGAAAACGGAAGCGCGAGACCGCUGUCGUCUCUAAGCCUAAGAAGAAGGAGAGUUCUCCUCCCGCGGACAAUGCGCAGGACGUAUUUCGCAAACUUUUCGAAGCGCAGUUCGAGCCUCUUGACUUGCCGGGCAAUACCGCCAAAUCCGCCAAUUCUACGGAUUCCGAGGGUGAAGGCGCGGAUGAGGAUGGAGAUGAGGUUGAUCUUUCUGGGUCUGAGCAUGACUCCGAUGACCUGUCUGACUUCAGCGACGAGAGCAAUGAAGUCGAAGUGGUGGAACACACGGAUGCCCACAUGGCACCAGAGGACCGAAUGGACAAGAAGACUCGAAAGGCAUUUUUGAGUGGAAAAUUAUUAUCUAAUGUAGAGAAACCAAGCGCCAACCCGGACGACCCUUCAACUAAGAAGGAAGAGGAGGACGACGCCCAUGACGCUGUGAACUUAAAGCACGAUCUCGCAUUGCAGCGCCUUCUCAAGGAAUCUCACCUUCUCGAUUCCGCCGACGACCUUGCACCCACUGGAAAGAACCGUCUCAAAGCUAUGGAUAUGCGCAUGCAAUCCCUUGGAGCUAAGUCAUCGCUAUAUGCGCAAAAAAUGCCAGAUGCUCACCGGCGAGGAAUCAAUUCCAAGGCAGCUUUUAAGGAUGACAGACGUCGCCGUGAAGCUAAGGAGAACGGCAUCAUUCUGGAGAAGCCCAACAAGGUUUCCAAGUCGAAUAGUGGUCGACGAGAGCGUGGUGUUGUUGGUAGCUCUGUGGGCAAGUUUUCAGGUGGUACAUUGAACCUGAACAAGCAAGAUAUUGCUCAUGUCCAGGCCUCAGGCCGCCGUAUGAUGGGUGGCAGAGGAAAGGGCAAGUCCAGAGGAAGGGGCGGUGGCAGAGGUGGAGGAAGAGGCGGCAGCCGUUGA